GGCGCGGAGCGGAGCCCGGGCUGCGGCGGGGCGGGCUAGCGGCCGGCUGCGUGCUGCAGCCCGCUUGCUCGCUUCCGCUUUUUGCUUUCCCUUCGCUUUCUUGGGCGUUCGGAAGGCCGAUAAAGUUUUAAUCACAACAGAUCCCAGUAGUUGCUCUGUCUACGGUGCACAUAAUCCUCUUUUGUUAUACUUUGUGGCUUUGUAACUGAAGUUUUCACAAGUAGCAGUUUCUUUUCACGUCAACCGUGACAGCCAGUUGUAAUCACUGUGCGAUUCGCUUUGUACUGCUGCUUCACUUCAUUGUCUUGGGAGGAGAAGCCAUGAAUGAAUUUCUUUGAUUAUGUUCUGUUUGCUCCGUGUGUAGCGAUGGCUUCGGGAACAGCACUGAUUUAUGAUGAGGAGAUGACCACUCAUAAACUACUUUGGGAUGACCCUGUUUGUGAUAUUGAAGUGCCAGAAAGACUGUCAUCCUCCUAUGAGCACCUUAAAUCUUACCAUCUUGUGGAAAGGUGUGUCCGUGUGCCUGCCAGAGAAGGAAGUGAGGAGGAGAUUCUGUUGGUUCACAGUUCAGAGCACUUGGAAGUGGCAAAAAGCACCCAGACAAUGAAUGAAGAGGAGCUGAAAAGAGUCUCUGCAAAUUAUGAUGCUUUUUUCUUUCACCCGAACACUUACCGCUGUGCCAGACUAGCAGUAGGAGCAACUUUGCAGCUGGUGGAUACUGUGAUGUCAGGAAAGGUGUGCAAUGGAAUGGCAUUAGUAAGACCUCCAGGUCAUCACAGCCAGAGAAAUGCAGCUAAUGGGUUCUGUUUGUUCAACAACGUUGCUAUUGCAGCAGAAUAUGCAAAACUGAAGUAUAACCUACAAAGAAUCCUAAUCGUUGACUGGGAUGUGCACCAUGGGCAAGGAACCCAAUAUAUAUUUGAAGAAGAUCCAAGUGUUUUGUAUUUUUCCUGGCAUCGCUAUGAACAUCAGGAAUUCUGGCCAUCACUCAAAGAAUCUGAUUAUGAUGCUGUGGGCCUGGGGAAAGGCAAAGGUUUUAACAUUAAUUUGCCUUGGAAUAAGGUUGGGAUGGGAAAUUCAGAUUAUCUUGCUGUGUUUUUCCAUGUGUUGCUUCCGAUGGCUUUUGAGUUUGAUCCUGAACUGGUUAUUGUCUCCUCUGGAUAUGAUUCUGGAAUUGGAGAUCCUGAAGGUCAGAUGAAUGCCACUCCUGAGAUUUUUGCCCACCUUACCCAUUUCCUGAUGCAGUUAGCUAAUGGAAAGCUGUGUGUCAUCCUAGAGGGUGGAUACCACUUAAAAUCAUUGUCUGAAUCAGUCUGUAUGACUGUAAAAACUUUGCUUGGAGAUCCUGUACCUCAAAUAACUGGAGAGAUGGCGCCUUGCCUAAGUGCUGUUGAAUCUAUUCAAAAUGUGAGAGCAGCACAUAAACCCUACUGGAAAUGGUUAAUGUAUGAAGACACAUCAUUUUUACAAAAUUUGAGCACCAAAUCACACUUACUGAAGAAGGCAGAUUCAAAUCCUUGCACCGAACAUGAAUCGAAGAUAACGAAAGAUGAUGAAACUGUCAAAGUAGAAAAGUAUUUGGAACUGCACAUGAAAAAUAUUCUAUUUCCAGUGCCUCCCAUCAAAACAGCAGUAACAGCUGAAUCUGAAGGUUCAGCACAUGUGUUCUCUGUACCUGUUCAUUUGGUGAAGCAAAUGGACAAAACGGAAAUAAAAGCUCUUGUCAGUGGCUUUUAUCCACACCUUGUGAAAGAGGACAAAACGUUGGUCUCUCUUAGCAGUAUGUUGGCCGUCUUAGAUAAAGUACUCAAGAAGGAGGUAUGCAAUGGAAUUGCAGAAUCACCCGAAUCUGCCAUUGCUGUUGCGGUUGCACUAAGACAUUCUGUUUGCUUUGGAUUUCAAAGAGUGCUUUGUGUAUUUGUUGGAGACAUGCAAAUCAUACCAAACACAGAAGAUGGAAAAAUACUCAUCAUACAUAUUUGUGAGAAAGAACAGGCUGGAAAUACCAACUCCAAAAACUACAUUUCUCUGAGCUGGAAAGAGGAUGCUGAAGGAAAUGAUUUCUUUUCUGCUGUACUUGGAUUCAUUCUCCCUGUAGCAUACAGUUAUCAACCUAACUUGACAGUAAUAGCUGUUGGACCAAACAGGAGCCUUGGAAUAAGUGGGAUUUCUCUGCUUUUUGCUUCACUACAAGGCCUGGCUGAAUCUCGAAUUCUUGCAGUGAUGGAGGAUACAGAAAUAAACCUAAUGCAAAAUGUAACCAAAAUAUUAGUGGGUGGUUCCACACCCCACUUUGGAGCUUAUGUACCUCCUACCCAAGAAAAAGUAAAUAAAAUAAAAGUAUUAAGAGACCAGUUUCAGCAGGAAUGGAAGAUGCUUCAGUGUUCAGUGAAGGAUGGGAUUUCAAUGAAUUGACUUCACUUCGGAAUAAUUUUUACAUAUCAGAAGAAAAUGUGUUGCUUUCACGUUGCCUUUCCAAUUGUGAGGAAAAGAGAUGGUUGAUCUGUGAACUCUCUCUCCCUCAAAAAAAACCCCUUACACUUAGCGGCAAAGCAAUCUUUAAAAACUCGUGUAAUUUUUAAGGAAAAAGCAUCUUCCCGGGCACACGUUAGUUUGUGCCCUUUUACUUACUGUUGUUCAACUAAAUUCCUUCAGCCACUGUUUGAAUUAUAC